UGGCUCUUAUUUCCAAGAUGGCAGCUUCCAUGAAAGUCAUUGGCCGCAAGAUUCAUAAGCCUGUUUUAAGUACAAUAUGCCAGCACAGCCGUUUUUCUACUCACAAUAUUCUUAACAAAGGUGCUGUCUUAGGUGUUUACCAGGCAAAAGAAAAGGAUGGGGACCUUAUAUUGGAUAAGAGUACACAAUUUUUUGAUGAUAAGUCUUCCAAGAAGAUCUCAGGUCUGCUCAAAGUUGUUAGCAGAGAUUUGAAGAAAGGAGGAUGCCGAGUGUUGUACGAUGUGGUUCCUGGCUAUGAAAGUGUUGCCUUAUGCUGCAUAGGUGAGAAGGGAGCCAGCUUCAAUGAGGCUGAAGGCUUUGACGAGGGUUCUGAAAAUAUCAGAGCAGCAGUGGCAAGUGGUGUAAAGACAUUAAGAAGUAUUGGAGAAACAGAGGUUGACGUUGAUCCUUGUGGAAAUGCUGAAGCUGCAGCAGAGGGUGGAUAUUUAAGUUUAUUUGAGUAUGAUGAACUUAAAGAUAAGACAAAGAGGAAAAAGGCUGUUAAACUGUCCUGCCUGGUUGACCAUAUUACUGCAAGUUCUAGUGCAAAGAAAUCAUGGACAAGAGGAAGGAUAAAGGCUGAAGGACAGAAUUGGGCCCGCCAUCUAAUGGAAAUGCCAUCGAACAAACUAACACCAGCCUUGUUUGUAGAGGCAGUACAACAAAAAUUUGCUAAUAGAUCAAAUGUUACGAUACAUGUACGGGAUAAGUCUUGGAUACAGAGUGAGAAGAUGGAGGCAUUCCUAGCGGUGUCACAAGGUUCGAGUGAGGCUCCCUACUUCCUGCAUAUAGAAUACAAACAUCCAGACAAUAAAAUGUCCAGUCCCGUUGCUGUUGUUGGCAAGGGUGUAACUUUUGAUACAGGCGGUAUUUCCAUCAAGCCUGCAGCCAGUAUGGACCAGAUGAGGGCAGAUAUGGGCGGAGCAGCUUGUACAGUCGGUACCUUGUACUCCGUAGACCGGUUAGAUCUUCCAGUACAUGUACAUGCAUUUAUACCUCUAUGUGAGAAUAUGCCUGGUGGUCGAGCAAUUAAACCGGGAGAUGUUGUCACGGCAAGAAAUGGUAAAACUAUACAGAUAGAUAAUACAGAUGCCGAGGGUCGUCUUAUACUAGCCGAUGCUUUAAAUUAUGCCGAGACUGUCAAUCCUCAAGUCAUUCUAGAUAUGGCUACUUUAACAGGAGCAAUUGACGUUGCUCUGGGGUCAGGUGCCGCAGGGGUUUAUGCUACGUCAACAGACACUUGGAAUAUACUGCAGAAAGCAGGUGCUAAUACUGGGGACAGAGUAUGGAGAAUGCCUUUAUUUAAUCACUAUACAAAACAAGUGACAGACUGUAAACUAGCUGAUGUUAACAACAUCGGGAAACAUUCUAGAUCCGGGGGAUCAUGUACUGCCGCUGCUUUCUUAAAGGAGUUUGUUACAAACAAGAAUUGGAUGCAUCUAGAUAUAGCUGGAGUUAUGUCGAACAAAGAUGAAGUACCUUAUCUUAACAGUGGGAUGGCAGGUCGACCCACCAGGACUAUUGUUGAAUUUAUUGAAAUGCUCAGCAAAGCAGAGUGAUAUUUAUGAUUACUGAAAGAAAUAACAUCUGGAUACUGUUUAAAAAGUGAGAUAUUCAAACUUCAUGAAGAGGUUGCGAUAUUCAACAUAAGUCGAGAGUCAAAGGAUAAAUAAUGGCAGCCAGGGCUUGGCUUAUGAACAAGAAACAUGUUGACGAGGGUAAAGCUGCAAACGAUACUUUGGUGAAACUUUAUUCAUUUAUACUCGGAUUUAAAAAAAAAACUGUACAAUCAGCUUGUUGUCAUACCCGUAUGAUAAAAUUUUUUAUAGGAGAUUUGUAAUUUUACAAUUGUUGAUACUGUGAAUCAUAAUAGUCUGAAAAUAAAAUAAUUUUCACUAAAAAUG